GCUUGAACUUGGCACCGCCGCCAUCAUACGGCGGACCUCGUUACUGAUCAUUGCAAACAUCCCGUCCGCUCUUUAGCAGCCCACCUUUCACCAAUGGCAUAACGACGUAACGAGACAACGACUUGCCCUGUACAUACACGAAUACCAACGUUUCAACCGCCCAAAUUCCGGAUUCCCUCGAUAACACUACAAACACGAACAAACAGCCAUGUCCGCCCCAACGCGAAGAGGUCCCGGCCUCGGGCACGCGCCGAGGACGAGCAUCCUCCAGACCCUCCAAGCCACCGAGAUGCUAGACAGCAAACCCGUCCUCCCAGCCGAAAUCCUCGCCGCCAUCCUCGACCACCUCCCCGUCGCCGACCAGCUGCGCUUCGCCCGCGCCUCCCGCCGCAUGCGCGAGAUGGUCUACGACGACUCCCGCUGGGUCGCCCGCCUGCGCGCCCUCGGCUGCUGGGACGAGGCUGCCGCCCGCAGGCGGUUUGAGGAGGUCAUGCUCGCGCGGAGGCGCGCUGCUUCGGGGGCUGCGCCCGUAGGGGGGGGUUCUGGGGGUGCUGGGGCUGGGGCUGGGGCUGGGAGUCUGUUGUUUGAUGCGGGGCUGGAGGAGGAGAGGAGGCAGAAGGAGGCGGAACAGGAGCGGGCGCAACAACUGAAGGAGGUGGCGGAUGGGUUUGAGACCAUGAAGGUCGGCGGGACGACAGCGACACACGCGCCACAUCAGGACCCGUCGACGGACCCGGAGGCCCUACUGCAGGUCAUCAAAAACGCAAAGAGCGUGCGCGGUCUGGCUAGGCAGGAGUACGGCAAGAUCUACGGCGCGCUGGCGCCCUUCUACUUCGACCUCGUCCGCGCCAAGACACACACCGACCCGCUCGUCUUCAAGGUCUUCCGCGACCCGGAGCGCCAGGCCCAGAUGCUGGCGAACCUGCGGACCUUUGCCAAGAGUGACUGGUCGCAGGGCGCGCAGAAGAGGGAAGAGAAGGUGGACACGAUGACGAGCAUUUUCGAGAGCGCCGUGCUGCGCGAGUUUGAGCAGGGGUACGAGUUCUGGGACGUGGAUGGGCGGAUGAACAAGUAUGCCCACGUGCUGGCGCUGCUGAACGGGAGCAGUGCCGCCGUCGAGCUGUUCAUCCAGAAACACCCUGUUUUCACAGACCGCGAGGUGCUGGCCAACUCGAUGGACUGCGUCAACCAGGCUCUGGCGGACAGCGUCACGCUGGAGCCGUCACGGCGUUUCUUCGAGGUGCUCUCCCGGAAAGUGAACGAGCAGGCGGCUAUUAUCGAGCGCAUAUUCCCGAAUCCGGGGCAUGUCUUUUGGGUGUUUGUCGACAAAGUCCGCGAGGAUGUCGUCAUGGAGUAUGCUACGCCGCUGUUCGAUGAGACGCACGAGAGGAGUAUACCGUCUUAUCUGAGGGCGGUCUCUGGUAUUUUUGAGCAGACGCUGCAGUUCAUGCGGACCUUAACACCACCGAAGGGGGCAGGAGUGAACCAGGAAGCGAGGGCGAAGGAGCUAGCGCUCAAGGCGUUUGAACCGCACCUUGACUUGUACCUGCAGGACGAGAUAGACGACUUUACCAGGCAGGCGGAACAAGAGGUUGGGGAAUGGGAGAAGAAGCUGUCAGAGCAGGAUGCCUCGGCCGAAUCAUUCUACAUGGCAGGCUUCGCAAAUCGGCAAGCAGACAAGAAGGAUUUUUUAACGUCGUUUAGGAAGGUCGUUAUGAUGCCCGUGACGGUGCUCCCGACGACCCUAACGACCUUUUCACUACCGGGCCUACCGCUCGGGUCGCCCUUCGCGAGUAAGCCGGCGGCGGCCGCGGCGAGCGCAAAUGGCAGCAGCGCGGCGGCAGAUCUAAGCCAGCAGGAGUCUCGCGCGCAGUCUCCUGCUCCCUCAAUUCAACAAACGGUUGAUCGCAGCAGCAGUCCAAUGCCAGGCAAGGCACCAACCGAUGAGCUGGCGGCCAAGGCGGCACUCAUGACGUCGAGGCUGGAGGGAAUCAAAUCUCUAUUUAGCAUCGAAGUGGCACUGAGCCUAGUGCACUCUGCUAAGGCAAGCCUGGGGCGCGUUGCCGUGUUCAUCCAGCUUGGUGGGCAGGCCGGCGGCGAGGCACGCGAGCAGUGUGAGGCCAUCUUCGUCGCGCUUCUGCGCAUCCUGGGUAGCAAGCACGUCAAGCCAGGGUUCGACAGGGCCGUGGUGCACCUGUCGCAGUACAACCCCCGCGAGGUCAGCGAGCACGACCAGGGCGGCGUGGCGCCGCUGGUGACUUUUAUCGAGCUGGUCAACGUGGGCGACCUCAUCUCACAAAUGAUCGACGUCUUCUACGAGCAACAGCUUGCCGGACCAAAGAUCGCGGACCGUAACGAUUUCCUCGACCCCGCCGGGCUGGCCAAGAAGAAGUUCGAGCAGAUGCUCGACGAGAGCGUCGCCGCCGGCCUCAACAAGGGCAUCGACGUGCUCAUGGACGAGGUCGAAUACCUCUGCGCAACGACCCAACUACCGACAGACUACAACCCGGGGGCGGCCAACACGCCAGACCCAGCCUCCUCAACAACCUCGCUCGACAAGAAGCGGGCCUCCACCCUAACGGGAGCCACGAUCGGCAUGGACAUCGGGCCGACGCGAACAGCGCAGCGGAUCCGGGAGCUGGUGGCGUCGCACACGUCGAUGCUGGUGGGCAGCACGGACAAGUCGAUGCUGGACGUGUUCAACGGCGAGGUCGGGCUGCGGCUGUUCACGGCCGUGUGCAAGCACCUCAAGCGGCAGCGCGUCAGCACCGAGGGCGCCAUCAAGCUCAUCGCCGACAUGAAUUUGUAUUUCGAGUACGUCCGCACCCUCAAGAACCAGGACUUGCUCGCCUACUUCCGCGCCCUGCGCGAGCUGAGCCAGAUUUAUCUGAUUGAUGCGCGCCAUGCCAAGGAGAUGGCGACGAUCAUUGCGGAUGGGGAUCGGUUUGGGGGGAUCUUUAGGGCCGAGGAGGUCUAUGAGUAUGCCGAGAGGAGGGCGGAUUGGUAUCAGGUCAGGAAGGAUGUGGAGAGGGCUAUGUACGGGUUGGAGUGCUGCUUGAUGUAAGGGGGAUGGAUGGAUAUACAGUAACGCUUCAUGAAUCGGUUGGGGGAUGGAUGGAUAGAGAAAACGGUAACCGUUCUUGGUUUAAAGCGAUGAUGAACGAGCCUCGUGGCUUCUUUUUUGACUCCCUAUCCUGCUAGAAUAAAAGGCUAAC